CUUAGUGGCCAGAGCAGCUGCGCUGCACACUCUCAUCACAGGUUUCGGCUUUGUAAAUUAAUUCAUCUGCAAAUAGUGCAGUGUCUCCAGAUGCAACUUAAACGCUGGAGAGCUGGUUUCUUAAGGAUUUAAGUUUAAAGUCAAAGGCUUCCUGCUCUAGGUGUUACAGAUAAGUAGUGUCGUUUUCUUUUUUUGCUCUGAGUUUGUUCAUCCAAUCAUAUCCCAGUAUGCAAAUAAAGUUUAGCCCUUGCAGAUAAAAAGGAACAAAUAAAGCCAAGUGCUCUAUCAGAACCAAAUUGUCUGUCACCUGUAUUCCAGGAGCUGAACCAGAAAUGUCGUCCUCAGGCAUGCCAGACUUACCUGUUCCACUCACCAAUUUGAAGAUUCAAUAUACUAAGAUCUUCAUAAACAAUGAAUGGCAUGAUUCAGUGAGUGGCAAGAAAUUUCCUGUCUUUAAUCCUGCAACUGAGGAGGUCAUCUGCCAUGUAGAAGAAGGAGAUAAGGAGGAUGUUGAAAUAGCAGUAAAGGCCGCAAGACAGGCUUUUCAGAUCGGCUCUCCAUGGCGUACCAUGGAUGCUUCAGAGAGGGGACGACUGUUAUACAAACUGGCUGAUUUAAUUGAGAGAGAUCGUCUCUUGCUGGCAACAAUGGAAGCAAUGAAUGGUGGAAAACUAUUUUCCAAUGCAUACCUGAUGGAUUUAGGAGGCUGCAUAAAAACAUUACGCUACUGUGCAGGCUGGGCUGACAAGGUCCAGGGCCGUACAAUACCAGCUGAUGGAGACUUUUUUACUUAUACAAGACAUGAACCUGUUGGUGUUUGUGGCCAAAUUAUUCCCUGGAAUUUCCCGUUGGUCAUGCUUAUUUGGAAGAUAGGGCCUGCCCUGAGCUGUGGAAACACAGUAGUUGUCAAACCAGCAGAGCAAACUCCUCUCACUGCACUCCAUGUGGCAUCCUUAAUAAAAGAGGUUGGCAAAUUGAUCAAAGAAGCUGCUGGGAAAAGCAAUCUGAAGAGGGUGACCCUGGAGCUUGGGGGGAAGAGCCCUUGCAUCGUGUUUGCUGAUGCGGACUUGGACAAUGCUGUUGAAUCUGCACACCAGGGGUUAUUCUACCACCAGGGCCAGUGUUGUGUAGCCGCAUCCAGGCUUUUUGUGGAAGAAUCAAUUUAUGAUGAGUUUGUUCGGAGGAGUGUAGAGCGAGCUAAGAAGUAUGUUCUUGGAAAUCCUCUGACUCCAGGAGUAAAUCAAGGCCCUCAGAUUGACAAGGAACAACAUGACAAAAUACUUGAUCUCAUUGAGAGUGGGAAGAAAGAAGGGGCCAAACUGGAAUGUGGUGGAGGCCCAUGGGGGAACAAAGGCUACUUUAUCCAGCCCACGGUUUUCUCUAAUGUUACAGACGACAUGCGCAUCGCCAAAGAGGAGAUAUUUGGACCAGUGCAGCAAAUCAUGAAGUUUAAAUCUUUAGAUGACGUGAUCAAGAGAGCAAACACUACUCACUAUGGGUUAGCAGCAGGAAUCUUUACCAAAGACCUGGAUAAAGCCAUCACAGUGUCCUCUGCUCUGCAGGCCGGGACAGUGUGGGUGAAUUGCUAUAGCAUGGUGUCUGCCCAGUGCCCCUUUGGUGGCUUUAAGAUGUCUGGAAAUGGACGAGAACUGGGAGAAUAUGGUCUCCAUGAAUAUACAGAGGUCAAGACAGUCACCAUGAAAAUCUCUCAGAAGAACUCAUAAAGAAACUACAAGAGUGGAGAGAAAUUCUUCAAUGGCUAAGCAUCUCCUAUAGUCACUAGCAGAGUGGGUUUUUCAACACAAAAUUGUUCUUUUUGUGAUUUGCUUAAAACGUAAGCUAAUUAAAUGAGUGUUAAUAUUAUCUAUAGAAAACUUGACAUGUAGCUUAUUCUGAGUCAUUUGCCUUCUGAUAUGUGACCCCAAGUCCUAUCCUAAAUAAAAAAGAUGGAUUUGGAUGUAAAAUCUUUGAAACUCUGUUAUAGUCCUGUGCUUUUCUUUGUAGCUACCUGUCCAGGAUAAUCAUUUCAUAGAAGAGGACCAGUUGUCAUUUAGCUUCUUUCCCUUAAUGACUCCUUGAAGUACUUAACAUACAUGUUAACUGCAGAGUAAGUUGCUCUGUUCCCAGUAGUUAUGAAGUCCUUGGGGUGUCUUGAAAUGUUUCCUAGAUCUAUGUGUGCUUGUCAAAUGAAGUAAUGCCUGAAAUACUUAGCUGUAAGCUGAAUAUGAAGCUUAAUAAAAGCAACCUUGCAUGAC